GGCGCUGAUAGGAACAAGGAUGCGUCACGCCGGGAGGUAGCUCUGCAGUGCCUGCUGCGGCUGCUGGCCCGCACCCCCGUCUCCCUCGACCUGCGAGACGUGCUGGAGGCGGAGUGGCCCCUCGCGGCCGACCUGCUGAGGGGGCUGCUGGCGCCCGCACUCGCCCUCCUGCCACCGCACCACCAGCAGCAACAGGGGCAGCAACACCUGGGGUUGAGCAUGACCCAUGGGUCGGCCAUGGCUAGCAGUAUUGGUAGCCGUACAAGCACCAGCAGUAGCAGCAGUAGCAGUACGGCAGCGGUGGGUCUGCUGCUGGAUGCGUUUGCGGAGCUGCUGGAGUGUGGGG